AUGUUGUUCCUCUUUUAUGUAUGUUUAGGGAUUCUUUGUUGUACAAAGAAUGUUUUGUCAUCACUAACAUUUUUGAAACCAACUCAUUUAGAGAGUAAAAUCGUUGGAGGCGAAGAAGUAUCAGCAAAUUCCAUUUCCUUUAUGGCUGGAUUAUUUAUUACAAAACCAACCGGCUUAUAUCUUUGCGGAGGUGUUCUUAUUUCAACCAAAUAUGUUUUAACCAGCGCAAAUUGUUUAGAAUAUUCUACAAGUGUUGAAGUAAGAUUAGGAGCUCAUAAAGUAAAUCAAGAAGAAUCGACUCAAAUAAGAUUAACAUCGACUAAAUUUAACAUUCAUGGUGAUUGGAAUAGUACAAGUUUAACGAACGAUAUUGCUACGAUUGUUCUCCCAUCAGCAGUAACACCAAAUAAUUAUAUUAAGCCGGUUAGUUUACCGGGAAGAGCUGAUAAAGACACAACCUUUUCAGGUGAAUGGGGCGUGACAUUCGAAGAUGCUAUUCCCGAUACAUCCGUGGAUUGGUCGCAAGUUAAACACUUAAAUCCCAGAAUUCCAGUUCCAUUUGGAUUGGAUAAACUGCUCUUUAAAGAAAGAAUCGUUGGAGGGUGGGAAAGUGAGCGAAAUGCUUUACCUUACAUGGCCGCUAUUAUUGUAACUAAAGGUACUGGAAAUUAUCUUUGCGGUGGAAGUUUGAUUUCCCAAGUUGAUGUCUUAACUUCUGCACAAUGUUUAAUUGGUGCGUUUCAAGCUCAAGUUAUCUUAGGUGCUCACCGUUUGGAUGUCAUUGAAGCCACCCAACAAAGAUUCUACAGCAGCCAAUUUGAAAUUCAUCACGGUUAUGAACCAGAUCUUUUCAUUAAUGAUAUCGCCGCAAUUAAACUUCAAGCCGCCGUUCAACUUAAUGAUUUUGUUAGCAUUGUUGCUGUACCAAGAUUCGAAGAUGUCGUUCACAAUUUCGCUGGCGAAGUCGCCGUAGUCAGCGGAUGGGGAUUAACUUCCGACGCUGAAGUAACUCCAAGCGAAGUCUUAAAGAAACUUUUCGCCGAAGUCAUCGACAACAUUGUCUGCAACAUCAGUUUAUUAGGAAAUAUUCAAGCUACCCAUAUCUGUACUAGCGGAGAAGGAAGUAUUGGAGCUUGCGCAGGAGAUGCCGGCGCUCCGUUAGUUUUUGAAUACAUGCAAAUCGGUGUGGUUUCUUUCUCAGUUAAUUUAGGAUGUGAAGCUCAAUGGCCUACCGUUUACACUCGUCUUACAUUUUACUUAGAUUGGUUAGAAACUCAUACAGAAGCACACAUUGCUUAA